CCAGGCUAAAAGAAAGAGUGUUGUGGGCAUAUCAUAGCAGUUGACGAGGUCCUUAAGCAAAUAGGGAUGGAGUUGGCAAGCAAAGUCGGAGACGCAGUGAUCAAAGCGCUGAACAGCAACAAAGUGUUGAAUGUAGUGCUAAUGAGUGCAUUUGGGUUGCUAUGUCUGAGAUCAGUGCAGCAACAAAAGAAUAUGGAAGUUCUUGAGGCAGAAAAGGACUCUUUGCUCAAUUCUAAUAAAGCUAUGAAGAAGACUAUGUGGGAUUGGAAGCAGCAGCUUUUUGCUGAAGCUGAUUUACCCAAUCCCCUUAUUCCACUCUCUAAGCUUAAAGCCAUUUAUGGAGAAGUCCAAACCACCACAUCGACUUCUGGUGGAGAUGCUCAAAACAGAGAUGGAAAGUCACCUGCACCAGCAUUUAUUAUCUGAAAGCCAUUGUUGUAGCUUGUUUAUGACGAAGCUAGUUGUUUUCUGGCAAAAUAACAAGCGGCCACUAAGAUCUGUGAAAUAUCAUGCUUCAGUUAGUAGAAUGGGAAGGUGAUCGUAAGGGGGGAAAGUGGUGUAAUUCUGAGUUUUUUUCUAGGAACUUAGUGAUUUACAAUUGUUUUUUCUCCCUUUCCUCUCUCAUGUAGUCUGUUAGGAGGUCGAGAUCCAAGUUUAAUUUGUGGUAUUAUUGACGCUGCACCUUUGUUCCUGGGACUAUGCCAUGAGCUGAGUUUCACUAUCUAUCAGCCAAAUAUUUAUGAGUUCAUGCAUUUGGAUGUU